AGGCAAUGUUAUUUGUGCGUCUUCCCUGAAAAAUAGAAUAACAAACCGAACAUGGUAGACUCUCAAGAAGACAAACUAUACAUGGUCGAGUACGCCAAGAGUGACCGCGCUUCGUGCAAGAAGUGCAAGGAAAACAUCGCUAGAGACUCGCUAAGAAUGGCCAUCAUGGUGCAGUCGCCCAUGUUCGACGGCAAAGUCCCACACUGGCAUCACUUCUCCUGCUUCUGGCUAAGAGCGGCGGCCCAGUCCCCCUCCGACAUCGCCGGCUUUUCCGACAUCCGCUGGGAAGACCAAGAGAAAGUCAAGAAGGCCAUCGAAAACGGCGGAGCUGUCGGAGGAGGAGAAGGAGGCGAGAAAGGCGGCGCGGGGGAGAAGACGCUCAACGGCUUUGCGGUGGAAUACGCCAAAUCUAACCGCAGCACUUGCAAAGGAUGCGAUAUGAAAAUAGAGAAGGAUCAGAUCCGCGUGACGAAGAAGACUGUGGACCCAGAGAAGCCUCAGUUGGGUUUAAUUGACCGCUGGUAUCACACGGCGUGCUUCGUGAGCCACAGGGAGGAGCUGGACUUUAAGCCCGAGUACGGAGGCGCGCAGCUGAAGGGCUUGGGCACGCUGAGGGCUGAAGACCAGGAGGAGCUCAAGAAGAGGCUCCCGGCAGUCAAAACCGAAGGAAAGCGCAAAAACAACGAGGUGGACGGCGUCGCCAAGAAACAGAAAACGGAGGACGAUGAGGAGCAAAAAAAAUUGGAGACGCAGUUGAAGGAGCAAAGCCAGCUGAUCUGGGGCAUCAAAGACAAACUGUAUAAGGUUUGCCCCAUCGGUUACAUGAGCAAGCUACUCACAGCCAACAGCCAGAGUGUUCCGUCGGGAGACUCCAACAUGAUGGAAAGAUUGGCGGAAGGCAUGGCCUUCGGCGCUCUGGAGCCUUGCGGGGAGUGCUCAGGCCAGCUGGUGUUCAAAAGCGAUGCCUACUACUGCACGGGGGACAUCUCGGCCUGGACAAAAUGUGUGUACAAAACCACUCAUCCCACACGUCGAGACUGGGUCACUCCAGAGGAAUUCCACGACGUUUCUUACCUGAAGAACUUCAAGUUUAAGCGUCAGGACCGAGUUUACCCGAAGGAGGCGCCCGCUCAAAGCCAGCCCGCAGUUAAAUCAGAGUCUCUGGCCAGCGCAUCCGGCGCCCCUGUUAAACCACUACCAGAUGGCGGACCAUCAGAUAAACCACUCACGGGCAUGAAGGUGUUGACCAUAGGCAAACUGGCCAAAAAUAAGGACGAAAUCAAGGCAGCCGUGGAAGACCUCGGAGGAAAGAUUAGCGGCACGGCUAACAAAUCGGCGCUCUGCAUCAGCACCAAGAAGGAGGUGGAGAAAAUGAGCAAGAAAAUGGAGGAGGCCAAAGUCGCUGGUGUGCGAGUGGUCGCCGAGGAUUUCCUCGUCGACCUCAAGUCGUCGGGCAAAGCCUUUCAGGAGCUGGUCUCCCUGCACGCCAUUUCACCGUGGGGGGCCGAGGUCAAAGUGGAGGCCCCUCCGCCAUCGGCCGCUCCCGCCCCGUCCAAAUCGGGGGCCAUGGCUGCUUCCAAGAGCAGCGGGAGAGUCAAGGAGGAAGAAGGUAAGAACAAAGCUAAGAAAAUGAAACUGACAGUCAAAGGAGGUGCCGCAGUAGAUCCCGACUCAGGUCUGGAGAACAGCGCUCACGUUUUGGAGCAGAACGGUAAAAUGUACAGCGCCACCUUGGGCUUAGUUGACAUCGUCCGAGGAACUAACUCUUAUUACAAGUUGCAGCUGCUGAAAGACGACGUCCAGAAAAGAUACUGGGUGUUCCGCUCUUGGGGCCGAGUGGGCACCACCAUCGGCGGCAACAAGCUGGAAGAAGUCGACGACAAGACCUCUGCGCUCUCCACCUUCCUGUCAGUCUAUAAGGAAAAGACGGGUAACGAUUGGGGCGCCUCCAACUUCACCAAGUACCCCAAUAAAUUCUACCCGUUGGAGAUUGAUUACGGGCAGGACGAAGAAGUCGUGAAGAGGCUGACGGCCACCACCGGAACCAAGUCCAAGCUAGCCGAACCCAUCCAGGAGUUGAUUAAACUGAUAUUUGAUGUGGAGAGCAUGAAGAAGGCCAUGGUGGAGUUUGAGAUUGACCUCCAGAAAAUGCCACUGGGAAACCUGAGCAAAAGGCAAAUUCAAAGCGCUUAUGCUCUUCUGACUCAAGUGCAACAGGCGGUGUCGGACAAUAUGACCGAAGCUCACAUUUUGGAUCUGUCCAAUCGCUUCUACACACUGAUACCGCACGACUUCGGCAUGAAGAAGCCGCCGCUGCUUAGCAAUUUGGAGUACAUUCAAGCUAAAGUUCAAAUGCUGGACAAUUUGUUGGACAUCGAAGUGGCCUACAGCCUGCUGAGGGGAGGAGCGCAAGACGACGAAAGCGAUCCUAUCGACAUUAACUACGAACAACUCAAGACGAAGAUCGAGGUGGUGGAUAAGAGCACGCAGGAAGCGGACAUAAUUGUGCAGUAUGUUAAGAACACGCAUGCGGCCACGCAUGACACGUAUACACUGGAAGUACAAGAGAUCUUCAAAAUCAACCGCGAGGGAGAGCGCCAGCGCUUCCAGCCCUUCGAGGAGCUGCACAAUCGCCAGCUGCUGUGGCACGGCUCGCGAACCACCAAUUACGCUGGCAUCCUCUCUCAAGGUCUUCGCAUCGCGCCGCCGGAAGCCCCGGUGACCGGCUACAUGUUCGGCAAAGGCGUGUACUUUGCCGACAUGGUGUCCAAGAGCGCCAACUACUGUCACACCUCGCAGUCGGACCCCGUCGGACUUCUGCUGCUGGCCGAAGUUGCCCUGGGCAACAUGCAUGAACUGAAAGAGGCCUCCCACGUCACCAAACUACCAAAGGGCAAACACAGUGUUAAAGGUUUGGGUAAAACCGCACCCGAAUUGAGCGCCGCCACCACAUUAGACGGCGUCCAAGUGCCGUUGGGAAAAGGGGUCAACACCAACAUUGAUGAUACGAGUCUACUGUACAACGAAUACAUCGUGUACGAUGUAGCCCAAAUAAACCUCAAGUAUCUCUUGAAGGUUAAGUUCAACUACCAAACGUCUUUGUGGUGAGCGGCGGAAACGGGAGCGCCGUCGUCCAAGGGGCUUCGCUUUGAUUCCAAUAUGUUCUUAGGUCACUUUAUGCUACUUAUCAGCAGAUUUGUAUCCCGUUAGCGGUGCCUUGCGAUAUCACUCGAAAUACGGUUUUCAGCUUAAAUGUUAGUUUCUCAUUGGAAAGAUGACUGUUGGGUAUCCCGUUAGCAGGGCCUUGCAAUAUCACUGGAAAUCCCGGUUUUCAGCUUGAAUGGUACGUAGUUUCUCGUUGAAAAGACAACUGUUAGUAUGCUAGGUUAAGAGCGUGGAAAAUAACACAGCCAAAUAACAGCAUUUCACUUAUUGGCUGCUGUUGGCAGUGUAAUCCAUCAAGUUAAGACAGUACUUCUCAAAUGGUGGGGCGGGCCCCCCCAGGGGGGGCGCGGCGCUAUGCCAGGGGUGGCGCAUGUGACCUUGGGGAACAUACGUUUUUUGCUGUACUAGAAUAAAGUGUAAUUGGACAUCCACUCAGUGGGUGCCAGUGGCGCUCUGGACACUGGAGACAUGGAAAGCUAAGACGAGGAAAUAUGACGAAGCCUACUGUAUGUAGGGUUUGGCUUUGACUUUUAGCACAGUGGGAGACCAGGAAAGACCAGUCUGUUUACCGUGUCUAAAAAUUUUCGCAGCAGACAGCAGGAUGCCAAAUCAAUUAAGAGGUCACAUAAAGACAUUAGACAUCUCAAUUUAAUCAAAAUAAAAUUUAAAUGGAAAAAAAAAUGAAUAUGAAUCAGGAAUUAUUAUGGAUGGAAAUUGUCCAA